CACCAUUUCUCUCCCAAAACGACCAGUUUCAGUUUCAUUAGACCAAUCUCAAAUAAAGCAAUUAACUCAUGGCUGAUAUUCAUAUAAACACAGAGGAGUCUCCUACUCAGACCCCACUUCUUAUUCCAAUUCAAAACAAUAACCACAAUCACCAAGUACCGCAACAAGAACAAAACGAAGAGACCCAGUUGGACCAAACACUUAAAAAGUUGGAAACUUUUCUCACUUUACUUGGUUUCAACCAGUCUUCUUGGUUGUGCAUAGCUCUGUCUUGGAUUGCCUUCUUGCUUAUCGGUGUGGUACUCCCAGUUGUGGUGUUGGAGCAAUCAAAAUGCUCUGGCUGUGAGUUGUAUCAGAUUAAGAAUUUCGAGCUAGACAUUGUUGCCUCACAGGCUUGCCUCGCUGCUGUUUCUUUGCUCUGCCUUUCACACAAUCUCCGCAAGUAUGGGAUCAGGAGGUUCCUCUUUGUUGACAGGUUUAAUGGUAAAAUGGCACAGCUUCAUGACGAUUAUGUUAAACAGAUUUGGGGUUCUUUAAGGUUGCUCAUUUUUUGGGCACUACCAUGUAUCAUCCUGAAGAUUGUACGUGAAGUCAUCCGCAUUUUAUAUGUACCCCAUGAGUCAAGGUGGCUAUCAGUUGCUAUUUUAUUGGCUUUGAUUUUAUCUUGGACUUAUGUGAGUUUGAUCUCUCUAUCAGCGAGCGUAUUGUUUCACUUGGUCUGUAAUCUGCAAGUUAUCCACUUUAAUGAUUAUGGGAAGCUUUUGGAAAGAGAAUCUGAUGUCUUCGUAUAUAUUGAGGAACACAUUCGUCUGCGGUAUUAUCUCUCUAAGAUAAGCCAUAGAUUCCGAAUCUAUCUUCUUCUAGAAUUCUUGGUUGUCACAGCAAGCCAAUUUCUGACCCUACUGCAGACCACGGGAUAUAGUGGAACAAUUACUUUAAUAAAUGGUGGUGAUUUUGCAGUGUCCACUAUUGUUCAGGUCGUUGGGAUUAUUCUUUGCUUGCAUGCAGCCACAAAAAUUUCCCAUAGAGCUCAAGCCAUUACAUCACUUGCAAGUAGAUGGCAUGCUUUAGUGACAUGCGGUCCAGCAGAUUCAUCCCAACAUAGAGUUUCAAAUAAUGUUGGGAACAUGGAGCCUGAAAAUUUUUUGAACUACAUAGAUAUAAAUUACUCUGAAAGUGAUUUGGAGUCAUUGGAUUAUGUUGCAAUUCCCACUAAUUCUCAGUUGGCCUCUUAUAUGUCCUCAUAUCACAAGAGAGAAGCCUUUGUAAUGUAUUUGCAGACCAAUCCAGGAGGGAUUACAAUAUUUGGAUGGACAGUUGAUAGGGCUCUUCUCAACACAAUCUUUUUCAUUGAGCUCUCUUUGGUUACCUGGGUGCUUGGAAAAACCAUAGUUCUCACUUCUUCAAAGUGACAAUUUUCCAUUAAGCUAUGGUUGCUUCACAGAUCUUUUUCUUCAUGACAUACGCACCAGGAAAACAAUGUCAUUGCAGUCUUCAGACAUUAUUCAUUCUCACUUUCAGAUGAUACCCUUACCUGGCCAACCACAUACAGAAAGUCGAUAAUAAAAAGUCCCUCUUCCAAUUUUUGUCGCUCUCUCUUCCCAUUCAUCAGACGCAGCUAUUGCAAUGUCCAUGCCUCUAUGGUACUCUAUUGCAACAUGGUGCCACGCAUAGGAAGUUACUACAAGCUAUAAAUUAAU